AUAUAGGUAAGUCAUUUAAACGUACAAGUAUUUACUUGAUAUCGGGUUAUCCAGAAUGAAAAUAGAUCUUUUUUGUAAGGAUCUGAUCCUCAAGUGAACAAUUAUAGUAUAUUGAAAUUUUUGUUUAUAGUUUACUUCAGAAAUUAACUACAAAUAUUGAUAAAAUAUAGCAUUAUGUUUCUACUUUCGUUUUGAAAAUAAGCACUGUCAUUAUUUGCACGAAGUUUGCUGAGUCGAUAACGUAAUAUCACUAUUACCCACAGAUUUAGUUGAAGUUCUAUCAGAGUUCCUGCAUUAUUAAUACCAUUUAAGAACAGUGCUCUCCCAAAGCGAUUCCCAGUCUACAUGUGGUUGCAGACCUGAACCCAGUUGCACAAAGGUUGUUUCACAUCAGGAUGGCUGUGUCAACUCCGGAGAGCAAACUAAUGGUAGCCGCCAUUGACUUUGGUACUACGUUUUCCGGGUAUGCUUUUGCCAUGAGGGAUGACUUGGACAGAGACCCACCAAAGAUAUUCGCUCCCCAUUGGAACGCCCCAGAUGGUGGUUUGAUUUCAUUCAAGACCCCAACCACAGUCCUGCUGAACAAGGAGGAAAAACUGGAAGAGUUUGGUUUUGAUGCUGAGAGUAGAUAUGCAGAACUGGCAGAGGAAGGGGAACAUGAAGAUUAUUUCUACUUCCGCAGAUUUAAAAUGAUGCUCUACGACAAAGUCAGAAAAGGUAAAUUGACUAUAGAUGCCAAAGUACAAGACAUAAGGGGCAGGGAAUUGCCAGCUGUGAAGGUAUUCUCCCAUGCUAUCAAAUUCCUAAAAAAUCACUUGGAGGAUUCUUUGAAAAGCAGAGGAUCAAUAGUAAAAAAGGAGGACAUAGAUUGGGUGCUGACCGUUCCUGCAAUCUGGGAUGAUCCCGCGAAGUUCUUCAUGCGGAAGGCAGCACAGGAGGCAGGCAUUCCCGCCCAUCAGCUGACGAUUGCUUUGGAACCAGAGGCAGCUUCAAUUUACUGCAAACAUCUUCCAGUUGAGAAACUCGAAGGCGCUAACAAAAUCAGUGUUUUUCGACCUGGCAACAAAUAUCUGGUACUGGAUGCUGGAGGUGGAACAGUGGAUAUAACUGUUCAUGAAGUGAAGGGGAAUGGAAACCUGAAAGAGCUGGAUCGAGCGAGUGGUGGAGACUGGGGUGGAGUAAGCGUGGAUAUGGCCUUCAAGGAUGCGCUGAUGGAGAUUGUAACCAAAGGAAUGAUGGAGGGAUACUGUCAUAAAUUUACCGCUGACUACAUAGCUAUGUUCAGGGACUUUGAGAUCAAAAAACGGAAACGCAACGCCGGGGAUGCCCCAGAUUCCAAAAUAAAUUUAAAGAUCCCAGCUACUUUUAUAGAGGAAUGCUCAGAAACCUUAGAAGAGGACUUCACCACUCUUACCAACAAAUCCAGGUUUCGAAAUCACCUGUAUUGGGGAGCAGACAAAGUCCGAAUAGAUCUGCCCACGUUUGAUAGCUUUUUCCAGCCCGCUUGUGAUGGAAUCAUAAAACACGUGAGAGAGCUGUUUCAGUCACCAAAAGUGAGAGGGGUGAAGAAAAUAUUGAUGGUGGGUGGAUUUUCUGAGUCGUUUAUUUUACAAGAGGCAGUCCGCAAAGCUUUUCCCGAAUGUCAGGUGAUUGUUCCUCAGGAGGCGGGGUUGGCAGUCCUUCGGGGCGCUGUUCUUUUCGGGGACAACCCUAAGCUAAUAGAUUCUCGUAUUGCAAAGUAUACGUACGGUGUCGAUAUGAGUGUAGAAUUUAAUGCGACAGAACACAAAGAGUCUAAGAAACACUUUGCCGAUGAUGUAGCUUAUUGUACAGACGUAUUUGAUCGUCACGUUCAAAAAGGCGAUGAGUUGAUUGUGGAUGAAGCUCAAGCUGAGCGAUCAUAUGUUCCGUUGACCUCCUAUCAAAAGAAAGUAUCAUUUGGAAUUUAUACAUCAACAGAGGAUAACCCGUUUUACACCGAUUACUGCGAAAACAUUGGCAGAUUUGUGGUGGAAGUACCACUAGGCAUUGACGAUCGCUCGAUUAACGCAAGAAUGAUUUUUGGUGGGACUGAGGUCAAGGUCGAGGCCAAGGUGGUUCACACAGGGGAAAUAACACCAGCUGAAUUUGAACUUCCGGAAGAUGAAAAGAUCUGAGCAUCAUGGACUUGAUUGGCCUAUAUUGUUACCAAAAAAAAAAGCUGUUUAGUAUUUAGUGCUUCGACUGUACAGAGAAACACCGACAGACAGUACCUAUAACAACAGGCAUUAUCUAUAACAAUGAUUGAUUAGAUGUUGGAAAAUCUUUUUAUUGAUUAGGUUGGGUUUUUUUUCAAUUUGAACAAUUUUAUUCGUACUCUUCGAUAGUUUAUUUUUAACAUAUCACGAUUAUCAUGUGAAUUCGAUGGAAAGUGUUUUCACAGAGAGGAAACCAGUAAUGUAACUUUUGGACGUAAAACAACUACAUGGUAUGCUGCAUCAAAAUAUGAUAGCAAUAGUUAGUUUAUAAUAUAUAAUGAUCAAUAAAUGUUCUACUAAA